AUGCCCUCCUACGUAGUUACCGGCGCGUCACGCGGCCUCGGUUACGCCUUCAUCACCCAUCUUGCAAAAGACUCCUCCAACACCGUCAUCGGUCUUGCGCGUAACAAGGCGGCAACCGACUCCCGCUUAGCAAAAGACGAAAUUAAGAACGUGACGAUCCUUCAAGCUGAUAUCUUGGACAGCCUAGCCUUGCAAGCCGCUGCGGCAGAAACCGCUAGGAUUACGGGUGGAGGACUCGAUGUACUGAUCAACAAUGCCGCUUAUAUAAGCGAGGAAACGAGCUUCGAGACGAUGGCUGUUGCCGAAAGUGAAGCCGAGCGAAUCGAGAAGGACUUCCUCAAAUCCUUUGAAAUCAAUGUCAUCGGCGUCGUGAAGACAACAAACGCAUUCUUGCCGCUGCUGAAGAAGGGGACUGUAAAGAAAGUCAUCAGCAUAUCAACCGGCAUGGCUGAUAACGACCUCAUCAACGAAUUCGACAUCGCAAUCGCCGCCCCCUACGCUGUUAGUAAAGCUGCACUUAACACGCUUGUCGCGAAGUACAAUACAGCGUACAAGAAAGAUAGGAUCUUAUUCAUGGCGAUCAGCCCCGGGGUGGUUGACACUGCGGAGGGAAAGACAUUCUCGGAAGAAGAACUCGCGGGCAUUCAAGCAAUGUUCACAAAAUUCGCGGACUACGCGCCUGGAUUCAAAGGCCCGAUUACGCCGCAGGAGUCUGUGGAGCAGAUGCUGAGAGUGGUUGACAAUGCGACCAUCGAGCGCGGAGAUAGCGGGAGUUUUGUCAGUCAUUUAGGGACGAAGCAGUGGCUGUAA